AUGUCGGAGCCACCGGCUUCAGACCUUAUGGUAACCGACAACGAAGCUACCAAUGAGGUACAGUUAAGGGAAAUCGAUACCGCAGUUGAGAUGGAUUUGCUACCCACGCCGACUGUUGAAGCACAGCCGGAAGAUGCGCAAACAGCCCCCGUCGAAGUUGAAGCUCCCCAGCUGUGGCUUGCGCCGAUUGCGCAAAUAGAAAUUGAGCCUGCUCCAAUCGAGCAUCACCACAAUGUACAGUCACAGUCACCGGCUUCUGUGUCGCCUCCCGCGCCAGCUAUUGAAGAACAGUCGUACGACCCGCAGUUCUCUCUUUCGGCUUCGCGAAUCGUCACGGGUCGUCUUAAUGGCACCACCCCAGCAUCACCACCGCGUCAUCUCGUCGCAACUCCUGCCCGUUCAACGCCCGAGAUCGCACCAGAGGAAGUCGAAGACCUACCUGUGGACUACUCCCACCUUCCUUUGACCCUUCAUCAUCCUCAUGCAGAACCCACGGCAGCCUUGUCAGCCCUGCCUAGUUAUUUACCACCCUCUGGAGCAAAGAGGAAACGCACGGCAGCCGAAGAUGAGACUUCCCGGAAAUCUGCAAACAUCCCCGCCUACCAUGAACCCGCAAUCCUCAGGCGCCCUGUUCCCAGGCCACCAGUGAAGAGGAAGCGCACCAAGGACGACGGCAGCGGAAAACGAAUGUGCGUAAAGUGCAACCGAAUUUCCGAGACGGAAGGCAACCUCAUCAUUUCCUGUGGCUGUGGCGAGGCCUGGCAUCAGCUCUGCCAUGACCCAGAGAUCCCGACAGACGCCCUCGGCAGCGGUUCCUCCAAGUUCAAGUGCGUCACUUGCAAGGAGGAGGAAAAGCAGCAGGCCAAGUAUCAUCGCGAGCUUGCAAAGUACCGCGAGGCGAAGCAGGAGCAGUCGGAGUGGAAGAAGCAUCACAAUGACGUGGAGAGGAAGCGUGAGAAGAGGCUUGCGACACUGCCCGAGUUUCCUAAGCCGAGCCUUGUUGGGUUCCAUGGAGGCAAUGCCAGCAGCAGUGAGAGACGAGAGUACUUUUCGGACCUUAAGAGGAGCGAUCUCGUCAACCUCCUUCUUUUUAGUGAACAGAUCCACACUGGCCUUCUCGUGGAUGUUCUCGCCUCUGUCUCUAAGAAGCACCCCGACCUGCCCAUCUUCGGUUCGCCAGAUUGGGCUGAACCAAAAGUCCGACACCAACAACAGCCCCGCCGCCAGCAAGACCACCGCCCGGCCUCCAAACCCUCAAAACAGCGGUCCAAGACAGGCGGCGUCCGCAAGAUCCUCAAGACAGCACCCACCGGCGCAGCCGACCAAGCAGCAGCAGACGCCGAAGACGCAGAGGACGCACUCCCCGAUUCCUGGCCUAAAGCCGGACAUGGCCUCUACGCGCGUCUUGGGCCUGAAAAGGACGAUCCGAUGAUGUACGACGACAACGAUGAAGAGGCGUUCAGCCACUUCAUGGUUGACAAGUUCGGGAAGCAGAUUACGGAGCCAAUUGCGGGAUAG